GGCAUUUGUCAAGGUUUGUUUACAUUGAGAUUCGUCUAUAUCUAAAAGGUGUAAGCUAUUUCAUAUUUUCUAAAUAAUUAUUAUUUUGCUUUAAUCCAUUUAAGAAUAAAUUCACAUUCAUUACUCUUGCCAAUCUACUGCCUUAAAGAUUUUUGUUUUAUCAGCAUCGAUAGGCCAACUAUCGUCAAGUAUUUUUGUAAUUUGCGAUAUCUUUCAACUUAGUCCAUCUUUUGUUGUUGUUGAAGAGCAGGUCGAAUAUACAACAUUUGCUAUGGAGCAGAUCUGCCGCACAUGCAUGACCAACUCGGUAGCUCUCGUGGAUAUAUUCACCGAUCAGCGGGAACCUAGCUUGGCCGCAAUGCUCUGCGAGUGCGUCGCCUCCAUCAAAAUCAAUUUGAAUGAUGAGCUGCCACAGAAAAUGUGCCUUUCGUGCAUAUGUGAUAUACAAACUGCAUUUGCAUUCAAGCGCAGGUGCGAGAAAAGUCAUCAGGUGCUUAGCGAGAACUUAAAAAAAAGUGAAAUACUAGAUGCAAUAAAGGUUGAAGUACCAGAGGCGGACACAUAUGUAUUGUUGGGCACUGAGUAUAAUUUACAAGAGGAGCAAAAAGCAUGCAAAAUAGAAGACAAUGAUAACAGCAGUUCCAUUGUUGCUGUAUCUAAUCAAAAUCCAUCUGACCUUCAGCUGUUGAGCACCGCGAUAAAUAUACAGUCAGAAUUGCUGGAAACAGAGAACUGGGAACGGUCAGAGCCAGAUAUGGAUAUAGGUUGCAUCAAAGUGGAACAAGAGGCGCAAAAAUUUGAAUACAAUCCGCUGACAGAUGACGCAGCGAACCAAAAAGAGUUCGAAUCAAAUGCUGCCACAGAACACUCUCCUAGGAGAGAGACCAAAAAGGGGCAAUUUACGUGUCCACACUGCCCAAAACGGUUUUCCCAAAAAUGUCAUCUCAACUCGCACAUACGCAUCCACACAGGCGAGAAGCCAUUUAAAUGCCCGCAUUGUCCGAAAGCCUUUAGCCAGGCUUCAAAUCUCCGCAAGCACAUUUGCAUUCAUUCAGGUGAACGCCCGUUUAAAUGUCCUCACUGUACGCGAGCCUUUACGCGCCACACGGAUCUUCAGUAUCACGUCUCCACGCAUCCAGGCAAACAGACUUACAAAUGCCAGAGCUGCACAAGAUAUUUCAUUGAGGAGGCCGAGCUUGAGGAGCAUAUGCGAUAUCAUAACGGUGAACGUACUUACAAAUGCCAACUUUGUCCCAGGGAAUAUGUGCUCGCCUGGCAGCUGCAGCGGCAUAUCCGCACGCAUACGGGCGAGUAUCCAUUCAAGUGUCCGCAUUGCCCCAAAAAUUGUGUUGACAAAGGAGAGCUUGGCAGGCACAUACGGUCUCACACUGGAGAGCGUCCACACAAAUGUCCACAAUGUCCAAAAGCCUUUACUCGAGCUAGUUAUCUCAAAUCGCACAUAAACGCUCAUACUGAAAAUUAGUGACUUUUAGUGUUAAGCUGAAAGUUGAUUCUGUAAAUAUAUAAAUUAAUGUAAAGUUAUAAUUAGCUAUAUAUUAAAUUAAAUGUGUAAUAUAUAUGUA